GGCACCAUGGCCCCAUCGUGUGGCAGACCAAACUAAUCGAUCCACGCUUGACUUGUUCGCUCUCGGAUUUCCUGGUCAGAUGAGAGUACGGAAAACACGCCAACAAAACAUCAGUCUUACUUUCUGUAACACCCGAAGUCUGCUGUUAAUAUAACUUAAUCGGACAGUGAUCGCACUGAGUAAAGUACUACAUUUCAGGUUAUCUGUGUGUUCUUCUUAUAUCCGUGGUUCAACAUGUCUGCGUCCGCUGGCGGUGCUGUCUCCCCGGGCUCGGCCCUCUCUCCCGGUCCCGCCGCGACUCCCGGCUCCGGUAUGUCCAUGUUCCGAUGGCUCGAGGUGCUGGAGAAGGAGUUUGACAAGGCGUUUGUGGACGUGGAUCUGUUGCUGGGAGAGAUCGACCCGGAUCAGGCUGACAUCACGUAUGAGGGCCGUCAGAAGAUGACCAGCCUCAGCUCGUGUUUUGCUCAGCUGUGUCAUAAAUCCCAAACCAUGUUUCAGCUCAACCACAAACUAGAGGCUCAGCUGGUGGACCUGCGGUCAGAGCUGACAGAUGUCCAGGCUGAGAAGACUGUGGUGGAGAAGGAGGUUCACGAACAGCUUCUUCAGCUCCAUGCCAUGCAGCUCAAACUCCAAGCCAAAGGCGGACAGGCGGUCGACUCGGACUCCAUCAAGGACAGGAUGCCUGUUCCCUCAGUGGAGGACAAGGAGAAGGAACUGGAGGCCAGUAAGAAAGAGAAAGUGAAGGAGGCCAAGUUGGAGGCAGAGGUGAAGAUGUUGAAGAAAGAGAACGAGGCCCUCCGCAGGCACAUUGCGGUACUACAGGCCGAGGUGUACGGAGCCAGACUGGCAGCCAAGUAUCUGGACAAAGAGCUGGCUGGGAGGGUGCAACAGAUCCAGCUGCUCGGGCGAGACAUGAAAGGACCAGCUCAUGACAAGCUGUGGAACCAGCUUGAAGCUGAGAUUCACCUGCACCGCCACAAAACAGUGAUCCGAGCCUGCAGGGGGCGCAACGAUCCCAAAAAACCCUUGCCAUCACCCGUGGGGCAUAACACAGAUUCUCUGAAAAAGACUCAGGGAGUUGGCCCUAUACGCAAAGUGGUUUUGACCAAAGAAGAUCAUGAAGGACUUGGCAUCUCUAUUACUGGCGGGAAAGAGCACGGCGUUCCCAUCCUCAUCUCUGAAAUCCACCCCACUCAGCCUGCAGAGCGCUGCGGAGGACUGCAUGUGGGAGAUGCCAUCUUAGCAGUCAACAACAUCAACCUGAGGGAUGCAAAGCACAAAGAGGCCGUCACCAUCCUCUCACAGCAGCGGGGAGAAAUUGAGUUCGAGGUUGUUUACGUGGCUCCAGAGGUGGACUCUGACGAUGAGAACGUGGAGUAUGAAGAUGACAGCGGACACCGCUACCGUCUGUACCUGGACGAGCUGGAGGAGGGAUCAGGAGCCAGUCACAGUAAUGGCACGGACCCCGCUUCCCUACAAGCUGUAGGGAAGCACUUAGUGAACAACAGAACAGAGAAUGGAGAUACUGCCUUGUCCAGUGAAAGUCUUUCAGAUGACAAGACCUCCAAGACCGCGGAGUCUGCAGAGAGUUCCUCCUAGAUCUCCAGACUCCAGAAGAGAUUAAGACUGCACUUGUAGAAUUAUGUAACAUACCAGAUCUUCUUGUUUUAUGCCGUUUGGAGAACAGACUGCUUCGACGUCCACUGGAGAUGGAUGAACCACUGAGAAACACUGAGGGAAGAGGACAUACUGUUACUCCGUGGACACAAAGGAUUGUUUGCAUAUGCACGUCACCAUCUUGGUCUGUUCUUGUAAAGUAACACUCGAGGGGACAAAAUGAAUAUUUACGUAGAUGAGUAAAGUGAUGGUAUACGAGUUUUGAUUCUUGACUUCCUCUUUUGUGUAACGCUCUGUAGUAGAGCUGAAAAUGAGCUCAAAUGUAGGGCUUCUACUUUAAUGAUUCACACUUCUUCUACCGAAGCAGAUGGAUAUAGUAAUGAGUUACUGUUUGCUCAAAAUGUAUGCACGUUGUUUUUACUGUAACUUCUCUGUUUUAGCUUAGUGUGAUCCUGUUAUGCUCCAAACAAAGGCCCACGGGAUGAUGCUACUUCCUGUUUUGCACACAGGGUGGUCAGUAGGUGACAGGGACAGAAAUAGAAAUGACACGGCGUGAUUUACUAACAGUGCACAGUUCAAGAACAGAAGUGGAGAAGUGCCAUUUAGUUUAUCUAGAAUUAAUUUUGGGGUGAAUUUCAUAGAAAAGAUAUCCAGGUCACAAUUUACCAUAUAUAAAUACAAUAUUUUUUUUUUUCUUUUUUUACUUUUCUGUGGCAUUAUUUGUAAAAUACCCCUGACACACACACACACCAAAAAUCAUUGUAAUGUUAAUUUGUUUUGUAUUUCAAGUUAAGGACAAACAUUACUCAAAUUAACAGUAACACUUACUUCAAUAUUUAUUUCAACUAAAAAAUUUUAUACAAAUCCACACAAUUUAAUUUUAAUUGAAAUUUUAAAUACUGAAAAGUGAAAUGUUACAGGUUAGUGUGCUUAUUUUUAUUUCUCAUCAAAACGAUGGCACAAUGCAAAAUAUUAACAAUAAUAAUUAAUGGUACUAAAUUAAACAAUUUUCUAUAUCAAAAAAAUAUAUUUUCAGGACAAUUACACAAAAUUCCAAGAAAAAAUUAUAAUCUUUUUUUCUUUUUUUGCACAAAAUCCUCAUAAUUGCAGCAUGCUAUUUUAUAUUUAAAUACAUUCAUUACAAAAAUAAAUGUUACUGGCAAUUGAAUAAUAAAUACAAACAAAUAAAUUUUUUCAUGAUAAUUAUGUCACAAUGUAAAAAAAUAUAUAAAGUACCUAAAAUUAAUUUAUCUUUUUAUUAAUAUUAUUAUUAUUAUUAUUAUUUUUAGGGUGAAAUGUGACCAAGACAUUUCUUGACAGCUUUCAUGAUAUCCACCCUUAUGUAUCUGUCAAGGUAUUUUGAAACCUCUUUCCUGAACAAUGUCCAUCUCGUGCCAUUGAGCCUACUGUAUUAACAGUGUCUUAGGAAAAGAUACUGAUAUUAGCUUAUUAGAGAACUUGCAUUUUUACACGGCAAUGUAGCAUAGCGUAUUUAAUCCAAACAAAUUUAGUCUUAACGUUCUGUGAAAAAAAAAACAUAAACGUGUACAGAAAUGUAGGACGAUGGUUCUCAUCGACUAACUUGCCCAGUUCAGUCUCUGUAGAGUCAGCUGUAGUGCCUCAAAAUCUGUGAAUUGUAAGAUCAUUACUGUAUUGAUCACCAGAAGAGGUUUCUAUAAUCAUCAGUGUUGCUUUACUACCGUUGAGUUAUUUAACAUAUCACUUUUCUCUCAACUUUUAGCAUUUUCAGAAAGGUGUUUAUCACAUUAUUGUUAUUUAAUGCUCCAGUCUGUAUGUCUCUACAUUGAUUACGCUAUAUUUAAAUGAAACAUUUGGGCUGCAUAGCAAUAAAACAUCCCCUAAACAAUUGCUUUACCCUGCUGAAAGAAAUAAACAGCUUGGUGGUUAGUGAUUAGACUGGUUUAAACAGGUUUUUCAUCAGGUAAGCAUAGCUUGAGUGGUAAAUAUGAAAUAUUCAUAGGUUAUUUGCUUAUAUCACACACUUAUCUGCUAUUUAACACCCCACUGUAAUUAUCACAGGUGUUUGUAGAUCUUAGAUGAGGACAGUCGGGACAAUCAGCUCCUUUGACCAGAAGGUCUUCUCUUUGCAGUAUAUGGUUCAGUGGACUGUUGUUGCUUAUAUUUUCUUGUUACUGAUUCGUCUAGGAGAUGAUUUGUGAGAUGAAAUGCUUCCCACACUGCCAGUGCAUGGCACCGCACAGAUGCAACUUUAAUGUGGAGGAACAUUUUUCCUUUUUAAAGCCAAUUAAUUUUUUUACUUUUCCUUCUGGUUUGUGAUUUAUUCUUCUGUUAACUCUGUUUUUCCAGUGUCAUAGGAUUUGUCAUAGGGAGAUUGGGAAUAAAUUUUCCACCUGUAGUUACUGUAUGACAUGAAAUAUUUCAAUAAACUUAAAUUUAUUUGCCCAGA